AUGUAUCACACCGUUCUUUUAGCCUUACUACUGGCGUUCUGCGCAACCGCCAAUGCGGUCGACAGUGAAGGAACCAACUUCGUAUUUGGAUUCGUCAGAAAUGCAAAUUCGGACAUCACUAAUCAAGUUCUCUCUAUAACAGUUCUGAAUCAAAAUGCUCAGGAUUGCUCAUUCACGUUGACUUUCCGACCGGACUACCACAAAACAACGCCGCCACAAAAUAUGACACAAUCGGUUGCUUCAAUGAAAGCUCAAGAUUUCCCCGUUCCCAGUUGGUAUGGUUGGGACUAUGCCGGACAGAAUGUUCAAAAUGAUGUAUUCUUGACUUUGAUUGGAUAUUCGACAUGUCCAGUUACCGUCUUGGCUAACAAUUUUGAUAAUGUCACAGGACAAGGAGAUACUUACAUGGUUCUGCCUACCAGAUGGGGCUCAAAGAGUUUCACUUUCUCUCUCCCACCAGCUGUCAUCUCUACCCAACAGCAUUAUGAACAGCUUUACGUGCUUCCAACUACUGAUGGAGCUACUCAAGUCCGCGUUGCUGAGAUUGGAAACACUCAGUCGGAAUUCACUUUCAAUGUCACUUAUGGAAAUGCUCCAGCCGUUUACAUUGGAACCCGCACUCCAGACAAACGUCCAAGAACUUAUCAUAUCACUUCCGAUAAAGAUGUUCUUAUUGUUGCUGGUGUUACAUGUGCUGGAGCUGAUGUCAAUUCAUGCGAUCAUGUGGCCUAUAUGCCUCAUCCACCACCAGCAAGCGAUUGCUAUGCAUACGACUACUACGACGAUGAUCAUAUGAGUUAUCUUCCAACAACUGCUCAGUAUUUUGCGGAUAUUCCAGGAUCUUGUACGGUCGGACAGAAUAUCACAGCCACGUUGAACGACGGUUCUUGGCAGACAAUCACAAUCAUACCGAAGAUGGAAUCACCUCUCUGGACAAUUCAAACUACAAAUGCUGCGCAGUUGGGAGUUGCUUUCCAUAAUGGAGGAUCAAACAUCCAUAUUGCAAGAUACUAUGAUGGUUCGAAAUUCAGCAGCAUGGGAGGAUAUAUUGCAACAUCCCCGUCAGUGACUCAGUAUCAUGCCGAUAGCACUGCUUUCUACACCAAAAACGCCAAUGAUUCAGUGGAGAUUUACUGCACAGUUCUUUCUUGUGCAUCGAUUUCAAUUGAUGGAGUGCAAAUCAAGAUCACUGACACACAAGUUGUUCAAAGUGUUGAUGGUGUUUCUUAUUACAUGUUUGUAAUCACACUCGCCAAUUCUGGAUUCCAUCAAAUCAAUCUGAAACAGCAGGGGCAAUACUCAUUCUUUGUUUAUGGAAAGAAUAAACAGUAUUCCUAUGGAUAUGAAGGAGGAGCCAACAAGCCAACAUUUGUUCUUGCUCCUGCAACCACCACAACUAAAGGACCAACCACACCCACUGUUUCCACAUUGUCUACUUUAACACCACCAUCAACUGUUACCACUCAGACACCUCCAACAACUGCAUCACCACCUGCAACUCAAUCCACUGCUUCCCCAACUACCCCUGGCACAAGUAAGCAAACCACCGUAACAGUUCCUGCUCAAACCACUCCCACCGUCCCAAUUAUUACAAUUUCCACCACUCAAGCUCCGCCAGCUUCCGUAACUACGGCUGCUAUUACCACCUCAACCCUUCCUCCGCAAUCAUCAGCAUCUACUUUAACUCCAUCUCCCACUCCAUCCCAUGCGCCCGGUACCCAAUCUACAGCUACAACUGCUACUCAAUCAGUGGUAACCACCACUAACACCCCGCCUGUAGUAACCACCUCUUCAGUUCAGCCUGUAGUAACUACUUCCACUCUCCCGCCUUUAAUAACUACUGCUACUGCUAAACCAGUUGUUACCACAACUGUAGUAACUCAGCCUUUAGUAACCACUAAUUCAGUGACUCCCGCUCCUUCUACUGCUACACCAACAACAACAGUUACGGUCCCAACCAAUCCUCCAGUUACUAGUUCUUCGGUCACCACGCAGACCGUACCAACAGUGACCACGGCAACUCCACCUCAGACACCAGCUCCAACAACUGUAACGACACCAACUACAGCUGCCCCGUCACCAACAACUGUUACUACGGGUACAGUAGUUACAACUCCCACGACCAAAAUCCCUAUAGUAACCACUCAAACUACUCCCUCCCCAGCCCCGCAAACUUCUUCGCCGACUACGCCGACUACUGUAGUUAAUCCAGUUACAACUGCUUCACCAAGCACCGCUGGAACCACAGUGACAACCACAGCGCCGCCAGUUACUGUGACCACACCCACAACUGCACCAACAGUUACUACACCAACAACUACCACACCGACCACUACAAAACCCACGACUACAGUCAAGACAACUCCAACAACCGUGACAACUCCAACAACCGUGACAACGACUAAACCAACGCAAGCCGCGGUGACAACUCCGACAACUGCUCCGGUGACCACAACAACGAAGAAAACUACCACAACACUCACAACUACGACAUCUACAACUACUACCACAGUUGCAACAACCACCAAGUUUUCUUCAGUGAUUUCCCUGGCCACUCCAGUUGUCAUUACUGUUCUCUUUUCUCUUUUUUAA